ACAGAUACAUGUAACGGUUUUACAGCCGGGACUGUCCUGAUGGAGAAACACCUGCUGUACCUGCUGACCGACUGUCACCCCACUCCUCCGCCGCCACAACACUACCGUUAGAACCGGGGGACGGUAAAAGCCGUUACCAGACGCAGACAAUGAGUUUCUCCUAAUGUUCGUUCCACCGUGGGCUUCGGACGGCGUCUCUUUAAACUAACCAGGAGUCUGUGAGCAGCAUGGCUUGGUUCACAAUUCCUGUUGAGAACCUGCUGUGCAGGUGUCUCUGCAUCUUCAUCACCGUCUGGUUGACUCUUCUAAUUGUCUUCAUAAUGGUGCCGGCCGUCCUUGGAAUAUCUUUUGGUAUCCGCAGACUCUACAUGAGGACCCUUCUCAAGAUCUUUGAGUGGGCAACCUCACGAAUGGAGAUGGGAGCAAAAGAGAAGAACCAGCAACUCUAUAAACCAUGUAGUAAUGGAAUCAGAGCCAAAAAACCACCAACGUCCUUGCAGCAGGAUCUCCAGGAGCUCCGUAGUUCUGCCAGCUGUCCGCGCUCAGAGCCUCAGUUUGAGAUGGCCGACAUCUUCUUCUUCUGCCGGAGAGGUGUGGAGAGCAUCCUGGACGACGAGGUGACGAAGCGCUUUUCUUCCCAGGAACUGGAUAGCUGGAACUUGUUGACUCGCAGCAACUACAACUUCCGUCAUAUCAGUCUGAGACUCACGGUCAUCUGGGGCCUCGGAGUGCUCGUCCGCUACGGAGUGCUGCUGCCUCUCAGGGUUACUCUGGCAGUCACUGGCAUCGGUCUCCUUGUAGUUCUGACUACUUUGCUGGGCUUUUUACCAAAUAGAGAGUUAAGGUUCUCCCUGAGUGAGAAGAUUCAUCUGAUGUGUCACCGCAUCUGUGUGAGAGCUCUCACAGCAAUCAUCACUUAUCAUAACAGAGAGAACAAACCGAAGAAUGGAGGGAUCUGUGUGUCCAAUCACACAACACCCAUUGAUGUCAUCAUCUUGGCUAAUGACGGCUGCUACUCUAUGGUCGGCCAGGUGCAUGGAGGGCUGAUGGGAAUGAUCCAACGAGCCAUGGUGAAGUCCUCUCCUCACAUCUGGUUUGAACGCUCAGAAGUCAAAGACCGACAUCUAGUGGCCAAGAGGCUAAGUGAUCAUGUUGCCGACAAAACGAAACAACCUAUCCUGAUCUUCCCAGAGGGUACUUGCAUCAACAACACAUCAGUGAUGAUGUUCAAAAAGGGCAGCUUUGAAAUUGCCUGCACGGUCUAUCCAGUUGCUAUAAAGUAUGAUCCUCGGUUUGGGGAUGCUUUCUGGAACAGCAGUAAGUUUGGCAUGGUGUAUUAUCUGCUGAGGAUGAUGAGCAGCUGGGCCGUUGUCUGCAGCGUUUGGUACCUGCCGCCCAUGAACAGAGAGGAAGGGGAGGAUGCGGUGCAGUUUGCAAACAGAGUGAAAGCUGCCAUAGCUGCACAAGGAGGAUUAGUGGAUCUCAUUUGGGAUGGAGGGCUGAAACGAGCAAAAGUGAAAGAUGCUUUUAAAGAAGAGCAGCAGAACCUUUACAGUAAAGUUCUUCUAGGUGAGCAGGACGAGGGGGACCUAGGUGACGACAAACAUUUAGAGGAUGAAAAUCCAGAAGAGGAUGAAAGAAAUCAAGAUCCAACAAAAGAACAAUGAGGACACAGAGAAUAUAGGCCAUUAUAAAUAAAGAGUCUUACAUCUUAUAACAUGAUGGUGGAUGUGAAUUAUAAGAAGUAGAAAUAUCUAUUAAUAUAUGUCAGUACUGUGACUGUUACUUUUACCAGCCUGAAGGAAAAUAUUUUUAAUUUUUCAUAUUUAUGUGUAAAAUGUAUAUGUAUUUACGUUGUUUGUAUGAUUAAAGCUAGGAGAAUAGUUACACUUACAGUACAGUACAGAAAGCUCAAACUUUGAAAGACAUGCAAAAGCUUAAAGGUCAGUUUGUCUUUGCUUUAAAAUGGAUUGAUCAUAGACCAAAGUCCUAUAGUGACCUUCAUUGUACUGCAAUGUGAGCUUGUUGUAUAUCUGAUUAAAACACAUUCUCAU